AUGCUGACGCCGAACGAGACGUUCCUGCAGGGUGGAGUGUUUCCCAGCGGCUUUCUGUGGGGCGUUGGGUCCGCGGCGUUCCCGACCGAAGGAUCCUGGGAUGCGGACGGGAAGGGCGAGUCGGUUUGGGAUCGCUUUACCGGUCACACGGAUCCCUUCAGCGACAGCUACGUCCGAUGGGAGGAGGAUCUGGAGUCAGUUCGGUAUCUAGGGGUGAACUUCUACUCUUUCUCUUUAUCCUGGACACGGAUUUUCCCGGACGGAAACCCGAAGGCGAAGCCCAACCCGGCCGGAGUGCGGCAUUACCGGCGUGUGAUCGGGAAGCUGAAGGAGCUUGGCGUGGAGCCGGUCGUGACUCUGUUUCACUGGGAUCUCCCGCAGGUCCUGCAGGAGCGCUUCGGAGGCUGGCUCAACCGGAGCAUGCCGGACGUUUUCGCGGAUUAUGCAGCGUUUUGUUUCCAAACGUUCGGCACCGAGGUUCGCUACUGGAUUACCAUGCAUAACCCGUUUCUCGUGGCCGUCCAGGGCUAUGGGACCGGCGCUCACGCUCCCGGAGUGACCGGAGACCCCGCUGACCCCUUCAUCGCCGCACACAACCUCCUCAGGGCUCAUGCCAAAGCGUGGCACGUUUACGACGAACACUUCCGCCGUCUCCAGCGCGGUAACGUCUCCAUCACGCUCGGCUCUCAUUGGGUGGAGCCGCUUCACGGCCAGGCCACGCCCACCAAUCAGGAGCUGUGCCAGAAGGCCAUGGAGGCUGUGAUUGGCUGGUUCGCCGAGCCCAUCUACGGCGGCGGAGAUUACCCCGAGUCUCUGAAGGCGUCUCACCGCGGCGUGAUCCCAGAGUUCAGCGCUCAGGAGCGGCUCUGGGUCAGGGGCACUGCGGACUUCUUCUCUCUGGCCUUCGGGCACGAGACGCUGAGGGUGGGUCAAGGCCUGGCUCGGUUCGGGCAGACGGUCAAGCUGGACCUCAGGAGCGUUCUGGUCUGGGUUCAGCAGACCUACGGAGAUCCCCGUCUGCUGCUGGCCGAGAGCGGCUGGUUCUCUGACGCUUCAGUCCGAGUCCAGGACACCAAGGCCAUUUAUCUGAUCAAGAGCUUCAUCCUGCAGGUCAUGCAAGCGGUGUCUGUGGAGCGAGUGCGUGUGUUUGGAUACACGGCCUGGACUCUGCUGGACGGCUUCGAGUGGAAUCAGGGUUACAGCAUACGGAGAGGGUUGUUCUACAUCGACUUCAGCGAUCCUGAGCGCCGCAGACUCCCGAAGACCAGCGCUCACUUCUACAGACGAGUGGUCAGGGACAACGGCUUCCCGGACAAAAACACGCCGCUCGUCGAGGGCCGGUUCCCCUGUGACUUCCAGUUCGGUGUGUCCGAGUCCGUCUUACAGGUCCAUCUGCGUCCGUUCUCGCCUCAGUUCACCGAUCCUCAGCUGUACCGCUGGAACCUGUCGGGCGACGGCUCUCUCUCGCCCGUGACGGGCGUCCUUCUCCACACGCGUCCCGCACAGUGCACCGACUUCCUGUUCAUCCAGCACCACCUCUUCCUGCUGGGGGUCACGGGGUCAUCGCACUACCGCUUCGGCCUGGACUGGACGCGGCUCUCGCCCGGCGGCGACCCGGAGGUGCUGCGCUUCUACCGCUGUGUGCUGACGGAGCUCCAGCGCCGGGGCAUCCGGCCGCUCCUGGCGCUCUAUCACCCCAGCUCCCGCUCGCCCUCGCUGGGCUUGCCUGAAGCGCUGCAUGCCAGCGGCGGGUGGAGGAACGCCAGCUCUGUGGAGGCCUUCGCUAGCUACGCUGCGUUCUGCUUUCAUGAAUUUGGAGACUUCGUUUCGACGUGGAUCACCAUUAACGAGCCGAACCGGCUAACGGAGUUGUACACAGGAGACCGGGCCGCCGUCGCGCGUCAUUUGCUGUUAGCGCACGCGAAGGCGUGGCGUAUUUACGAUGAGCAGUUUCGACGGAAACAGGGCGGGGCUGUUAGUUUGGCCGUCCAUGCUGAUUGGGUGGAACCGGCCAAUCCCUUUUUAGAAUCUCACAAGUCCGCCCAGCAGCGGUUUUUGGCGUUCGAAGUGGGCCGUUUUCUCGACCCUCUGAUUGGUGGAGGGGACGAGGGCCGCAGCAAUGUUCUGAUUGGCUUCUCUGAUGAGGAGAGGGCGGAGCUUAAAGGGGCGCAGGAUUUCUUGGCUCUCAAUCACUUCACGACGCGUUUGGUGGCUCCGUGGGAAGACGCACCGCCGUCGAAGCCCGAGCACGGCUGCUUGCUGAUGUCGGACGUCACCUGGCCGCUGUCACACCUGAGGCAGGCGCUCGUGCCCUGGGGCCUCCGCAGGAUGCUGGGAUGGGUAAGGGAUCGCUACGGCGACCGCCUCCCCAUCAUCGUCACGGCGACAGGAGUGGACGACCAGGCGGUUCACGAUGACCGGCUGAGACAGAGAUACAUCAGGAGCUACCUGCAGGAGGCGCUGAAAGCUUGUGAGCUGGACGGCAUCGAUCUGAGAGGGCUUUAUUUCUGGAAGCUUCAGGACCAUCAUGAUCUUCAGUUCGGUUUCUUCAGCUCCGCCGCUCAUCACUCUCGACCCAAAGCGUCCGUCAGCCUGUACCGUGACAUCAUCACCCACCGCGGCUUUCCGUCCGCCCCUGACCUGCGACCUUCGACCUGCAGGGACGAGGACAACGGCACGAGCUGCGAACUCUGCACGCGCAUCACGGAGAAUAAACCGCUGCUGUUCUUCAGCGUCUGUGUGUCCAUCAGCGCCUUCAUGCUCUGUGCGCUCAUCGUCAUCUCCGUGGUGAGGAAGAGGAGGAGAACCCCGAGUAACGUCGGGCCGCAGAGACUCCGAGGCCAGCAGAGGUUCCCCGUGAUGAAGGCCACCCACAGAACCCUGCGCUAAUAAACCUUCAGAUUCACAAGAGAGGAAAAUGUGCUCGUCCUCAGGCCAUCUGAGACCUGUUUCUUCAUCAGGUUCGCACCAGUGUCUUAGCAAUGGAUGUGAAUGGGUGCCGUCAGAAUGAAAGUCUGAUGAAAACAUUGCAAUAACCCACAGCACUAGUUAAGAUCUGGAGAAGACAAAAGAUGUGUUUUAGUAAAAACCAGGGCAUCCUUUAUGCAUGUUAACACUUUCAUGUAUUGGCACAAGAAUUGGUGGAAAUUAUUGUUAGUGUAUUCUAAACAUGCCUGAGAAGUUUGAAUACAGUGCCACCUAGUGUUCAGAAAAAACGGUCUUUUCCGUGCCAAAAACUUUAAACCAUUGCUUCUGCCCAAAACACAAGUCCAUAAAUUUUAAUAACUCUUGUCUCUCACAUUAAAAUCAUUUUUUAUUUGUUUAAAGCUGUUUUGAACUGUAGAUUUUUCUCUUUAUUCACUGAUCACUUUAUUUCUCUUUAUUACUGGACGAAGUGUAUUUAUGGAUUCUGGACUCUAUUUUAGUUAAAACAUCUUCAUUGGCUUAUCUUUUGUCCUCUCCGGAUGUCAACCCAUGGACUGGAGUGCUGUGGAUUAUUGUGAUGUUUUUGUCAGACUCUCAUUCUGACGGCACCCAUUCACUUCCAUUACUGAGACACCGAUUCAGAGACACAUUUCUCCACAUCUGAUGAAGAAACGCACUCAUACUGAUUUCAGAUGGCCCGAGGGUGGGUGAAUUUCAAAGAUUUUGGAUGGAGUGUUGCUUCAAACAAAAACGUGCAUAAAGUGGACUUUUCAACUAAAACAUUGAACAUAAUUUAACAUUAAAUAUCUCCAGAUUGACUGAUUGAAGCGGUUUUGUGUUGGUUAUGGACAGAUGUCUGCAUUUCACGAUGCAUCUGGUUUUGCGUUAAAACCAACAAAUACUAUACACCUUAAAAUACACCUUAUUAAUUACUUUCAUACGAUACUUACAAGCAAGUAAAGCACUUUUUUAUGUUUAGAAAAACAGUUCCACCUCAAAAAAACACGAUACAGCUCAAACAAACAAGCUUUAACAAAAGCACAAGCACUACUUUAAACUUUCCAGAAGGUCUCCAUUUAUUUCCGUUGUACUCUCUUGACUCAAAAUGUUGUCUUGAACCGAAAGCGCUGCUCUUUCAGGAAGGUUUGUGUAUAUUUUGUGUAAUAUUUUUGAAGGAGCUGUAUCUGCCCAUCAGGAGACGCUGCUGGUUAAUAUGAGUUUAAUCGAUUAAUGCCCCGGUUUGACUCUUUGAUGGACUUUGAUUGAAUUUGAUUGAAUUUUUAAAGUGAAGGAAUUAUGGGGCAGCUGUAGGAAAAUGGAAACAAUGUAAUGACAAAUAUGUCCUUUAUAUCCUGUGAUACUUUAUAUAACAAUAACAUUAAAUUCUAUUGUUUAAAACA